GGAGAGCCGGAUUGGGGAAAAGAGGAAUGUUCAACCUUCGUUUCCAUAGCCGUAGCGCUCCACCUCCUUUCUUUGUCGGCCCUUUUUCUUAUUCCUUACUUACGGGCUUUGCCUACACGACGCUCGGAUGUAAUUCGCCCAACCAGUCCUUCUUCUUCCCAUCUCAUAGGUCGCCGUGAAGGUCCAUUUUGGGAGCGGCUGUGGAGGACCCAGAGGGAGAUGGAGCUUGGAUUAAUUUACCUGCGUCACGUCCGUGAGCACCCUGCCUUCACCGCGGACGACGCAAAGAAAAAUGUAGGGACAUGCGGCUUGCCAGCGUUCUGGUUUCACGACGUGUCUGAACUGUUGCACAUUGUUUGGCAGAACUUGCCAGCCCUCUCUUCCUCGCAGAGUUUGGUGAGAGAGAACCGAGGGAGGCUCACAAUGGCAUUGGAGGCUCUUUAUGAUCUUUCCCAAUUGAGGAAUACUGGCCUCGGGCAUGAUCUGGCAGAUGUCGUUCAGGAUAUACCCCAGGCGAGCAGGUUCGCCGUUGACGUCGACUUCUGUCGGGACUUCGCGCUAUCAGGGGGGUAUGUCGUUCUGCUGAGGGUGUUGCAAUGCGCAACUAACCCCGUGUGUAGGAAAGAGGUCCGACUCGCUGCAUUUAUCCUCGCUCGAGUCGCUUUGGGCCUUGCCGUGAUCCCUUGGCAGCCCUGGCGAGACCAGAGGGAUGCUGAUGCGGACAUAUUUCUUGACAGUGAGGUGGCAGGUAAACUGGUCGAAGAGCUGGUCCAUAUAGUCGCUAGGUGUGCAGGCAACCGCGUGACUGGUACCAACACGGACGACGAGCAGGAGGAGGAUUCCGAGGAGGAGGAGGAAGACGAAGGGGAGAAGGACGACGAAUGGGAGGAAGAAGACGAAUUGGAGGAGGCAGACGAGUGGGAGGAGGAAGACGAAGGGGACGAGGAAGAUGAAGGGGAGGAGGAAGGGAAGCUUUGUCUCCAAGAGACGGCGCUUUCGGCAAUCUGUUCCUUCGCACAUGCUGCUAGCGAGAUGCAAGCGCACAGAGGCUGGUUGCAGAAGGAGCCUGGUGUACCGAGUAGCAGAUUCUGCAAUGCUUUCACCACGCUGGGGCCAGGGGAUUGGCCUUUGGAGACGCCCACACCCAAAUUCGACAGAGAGGAGGUCCAGAAUUUCAUUGACACCAUACGGGAUGUGCUGACUUGCUCCCGAACACAGACUCUUCUACUAGAGUUUUUGAGAGUCGGGCAAAGGAAACCAUCGUCCCGGAGGCUGGUGAAGGACUCCAUCAGGAUCUUUGCCUACCUGUUGAUCCCGAGGAUGGUCUACUGGCAUCGGUUCGGAGAGACGCUGCAGGAUUUCCCGCCCCCACUGUGGUCGAUGGAUUCCCUUCCAGAUCUCUCCAAGGUCAUGGCGGCUCUGAAGCGUACUGCCACGGCAGCAGGUCUCUCCCCUUUCUCGAAGCUGCACUUAGCGAAGAUCUUCAUCUAUCUGAAUAUCCAGGGCAGUGUUCACGAGGAUUUUGUUCGUCUGUGUGAUUGUCUCGAGUACUGCAGUGAGGUGCGUGGCAGGAGAGAGAUCGACUGGUUCACCCGUGAAGUGUUGGACACUGUGCGGGACUGGUUCAAAGCCACUCGUUCAACCUUGGACAAGAGAGAGAUGUACUUGCUUAUCUUCGAACGAAACACAAAAGAGAGCUGCUUUUUUUUUCCCUGUAUCAUCGGUCCGGAUUUUCUCCCGCGUUACGAAAUCACAGCCAUUUAUGAGUAUGACACAGCCAUUUCUAAGUAUGACUUAGCUGCUCGCAUUGAGGAUGAGAACGAGGGUGUCCUUGCACGGAACCUAAGAGAUCAAUCCCUUUUCCAGCAGUGCACCGCAUCUGUCAUUGGGUUGGCUGGCGAUUUCAUGGAAGAGUUGCUGAACGACUACAGUUUGACGAGCGACGGGGUCUUCCUCGAAGAUGCCCACGACCCUCUAGAGGGCUGCCGUCAGUCUCUCCCGAAAGUAAUUGACAAGGCCAUACGUCGUUGCAGCGAUUUACUACGGCAAUCUCUGCGUGUCGAAAGCGUGAGGCCAAAAGACUCUUCCCUGAUGAGAUAUUGGGGUAUUUUCCACGAGUGGAUAAUCGAACCAUGUGGAAAUCCUGCCUGGAGGCCAGCUUGUACAAUCCGCGAGAGCAUUCACAACCGCUACUCCGAGUGCGACACCGAGGGUAUGGAGGGUUUGGAGGACGCUGUUCAUUCUCUUCUCCUACUUCGCAAUAUUUCUCGCCUCCUUCGGCUGUCCAUUGCUUACUUCGGAGGAGACGAUAUGUCACGACUUGGGCAGUGGACAUAUGUCGUUCCAACCCUCGUCACGAUUCUGGCAUACCGCCCCGGCAGUUUUAACCCGCCGACUCAGCUGGGAUUUACACACGACCUGUCUGCCCGUUGCAUGAGCGACAUCAGGUGUAAUAGUGCCGUGGUGAUUGAGACGACACUUCAGGCCGCAAUGAUGAAGAGCAUAUGUCAGGAAACGGAUCCGGAUGAAAAUGAAAGGAACAAUUUGGGAACUCUCUGGUCAGUCCUCCGAAAGUGGCGACAGAAGAGCGAGCAGGAAGGUGGUCCCGGAUCGAGUCCAGACUUCGUGUCGUUAGUCCACGUCAUCGACCUGCACUCCGGCAGUUUCCCCGACCGGCCGCAAGCGGAUCUAGGCCACUGGCUUGACUCAUAUCAAUUUGAGGUGAUGCCGGACGAAGCGAAUUCUGCGACAGUUCCGAAGCUAAGGCUGACAUCGCGUAGGCGAGAUUUUCCCCGCGCUGUGUAUUGUUAUAGGAAGCCCGGAUAAGCGGCCGCGUGGGGGUGUGGGAGUGGAAGAGGGAAGAGGGAUGGGGGCCAGGGCGAAGGUUUGCAGAGC